GUGUUCCCACCGUUCAGCGUUUUACACUAAGCCCAAAUCAAUCGUCUAGUUUGUUGAUACAAGAUGGUUGCCGGCGCAGCAGUAUUUGGUAAUUCUUUCGCAAAAGGGGCAUCCUGGUGUGCCAAAUACUUGGCCGCAUCAAACAAAAGAUAUUCAAAUAUUGUAUCACUUUCUUCAUGUACAAAACGUGGCUACAGCACUGAGAAUGUUCGAAAAGUAACCUUAAUUCCUGGGGAUGGUAUCGGACCAGAGAUUUCAAGAGCAGUACAAAGAAUAUUCUCUGCUGCGCAGGCUCCAAUAGAAUGGGAAUCUGUUGACGUAACACCGGUAAUUGGUUUGGACGGAAAAACUCAAAUUCCACCUGCAGCAAUAGAAUCCGUCAAUCGAACCAAAAUUGGUUUGAAAGGUCCACUGGCCACACCGAUUGGAAAAGGACAUGUAUCAUUGAAUCUUACUCUUAGAAGAACUUUCAAUUUGUACGCAAACGUUCGACCUUGUCGCUCUAUAGAAGGCUUUAAAACUGCAUACGAUAAUGUCGAUAUUGUGACCAUUCGUGAGAACACUGAAGGUGAAUACAGUGGAAUUGAACAUAUGGUGGUUGAUGGAGUUGUACAAAGCAUAAAACUCAUAACUAGACCAGCUUCCGAAAGAAUUGCAAAUUUUGCUUUCGAAUACGCUCGUGCAAAUAGAAGAGAUAAGGUCACUGCAGUACACAAGGCAAAUAUUAUGCGUCAAUCAGAUGGAUUGUUUCUUCAGUGUUGUCGAGAAGCUUCAGAGAAAAAUCCUGAUAUUAAGUAUACCGAGGUAUUCUUAGACACAACAUGUCUAAAUAUGGUGAAGGAUCCUUCCCAAUACGAUGUAUUGGUAAUGCCGAAUUUAUACGGGGACAUAUUAAGUGACUUGUGUGCUGGUUUAAUUGGAGGGCUUGGGUUGACACCCAGUGGUAAUAUUGGUAUGAAUGGUGUAGCUGUGUUCGAAGCGGUUCAUGGCACAGCACCAGACAUCGCUGGUGAAGAUAAAGCAAAUCCAACCGCGCUCCUCCUUAGCGGUGUUAUGAUGCUCCGUCAUAUGAAGCUAAAUAAAUAUGCUGACGUCAUCGAAAAAGCUUGCUUUACCACGAUAGCUGAAGGAAAGGCCACCACUGGAGAUCUUGGCGGGAAUUCUUCGUGCACUGCUUACACAGAUGAAAUUAUCCGCCAUAUUGAAACGAUGUAAAUAAUUUUAAAUUUUAUAUUUCGUGCGUUAAAACUAAAUGUAUUUAUUAAACAAAAAAUUAGUUUUCUUAAAUCUUAAUGAAAUCAUUUCA